CCAGCCGCAAAGAUUUAUCUUUUAUUUUCCCAGCCAGAAUUGAUUAUAAUGAGGUAAUUAAAGAAAUGAAAAAGACGGUCGGUCCAAAUUUGCAGGAGGUGAAUGUUUUUGAUAUCUAUCAAAAUGCUGAACUAAGAAAUAAUAAAAAAAAAUCAGUUAGUUUUCAUCUGGUUUUUCAAAGCACCAGCCAAACCUUACAAAACAAAGAAAUAGAGAAAAUAUUGCGAGAUAUUACUGAAAAA